AUGGAGCCAAACAAGCGUAAUCCAACACGUCUCGAUACGUUGCCCGAUGACAUGUUGCGUGUCAUCAUAUCAAAGGUCGGUGCCGCCUCCUCCUCCGACUACGCUAACACUGUGCUGUCAUGCAGGAGCAUGAACUUUGGUCUUGAUGAUCCUCUCAUCGCCACAACCCUGUGCAUAUCCCCUUUGGUGGAACAACCCCGCCUUGCUGACAACUAUGGCAAACUAAUGGAGCAGCUUCUCGCAGCCGAUAAUCUUGCCGCUCAUUAUGUCAAGGGAAUCCGUGAGUAUUUCCUCUUUGAUAACCAGUCCCUUGGACUUCACCACUUGCGUAUUGCAUCUAAUGGGAGUCAUAGGGAGGCAACGUACCUCUACGGCCUUCUUCGAAUGGCCCUAGGAAUGGUUGACGAAGGUAAGAAAAUCAUCUCGGAGUUAUCUGAAGAUGUUGGAGUUGCUUCCGUUGAGAAAAUCUGGGUCAAGGUCCAGAAGUCCAUAAGUGAUCUGCCCCUGCGUCUGAAGGACGAGUAUGUUGCUACGUACAUGAAGAUGAAGCCAGACGUUAACUGUCAUCCAGCUGAAGUCGAUACGGUCUGCUCCGGCUGCUUUCACGCUUACCUCAUGUAUGAGUUCUUUGACAUGGUCAUUGGUCUCAACCCAGUUUCCGCGACUGCAUGA